AUGGCUCUGCAGCAGCAGCAGCAGCAGCACGCGGGGUCGGCGUCCGGCUCGGCGUCGGCGUCGAGCUCCAGCUCGGGGCUGCACCUCACCGCCUCGCCCUUCGGGGACACCACCCACACCAAGCUCUUCGUGGGGGGCCUCGCCUGGGAGACCACCAGCGAGAGGCUCCGCCGCUUCUACGAGCCCUUCGGGGAAAUCCUCGAGGCCGUCGUAAUCUCCGACCGCCACUCCGGCCGCUCCAAGGGAUACGGCUUCGUGACGUUCCGCGAUCCCGAGUCUGCAACCAAGGCCUGCGAGGACCCGUCGCCUGUGAUCGACGGCAGGCGGGCCAACUGUAACCUGGCGUCGCUAGGUCGCGCCCAGCCCUCCACGCCUCUUGGGCGGCCAAGAUCAGCUGGCUCCUACUUUGGUGUUCCCGUUCCAAGGGGCGUUUAUGUAGGGGGUUACGGUCAGCACAGGCCACUUCCAUUUGGGUACUACCAGGGAUUCUCGCCGGUUCCACAAUACAGUUACUCCACAUAUGGGACUGAGUACAUCUAUCCACAGGGUACAUUAAACCCAUAUGUUGGUCAGCAAUUUGUUCCAGUUUAUGGAGUCUCAACUGCGGCGGCUAAUACUGCUAACCAGCCAUUUAGCCAAUUGAGCCCAUCAAUUUCUGGUGGGUUCAGUGGUUAUCCGACGAUGCAUGGUUACACUAUGCCAGGAAAUCAGUUUGUUCAUCUCACUGGGUCAAACUUUAAUAAUUCAUCUCCAACACAUCGUCCCACCAUUCAGGCUCCCUUUUUAGUAGCACCGGUUCCCUCCCAUCCACACUUAGUCGUUCCAGCCCACUCACCACAGUUUACACAAGCUAGUGGUUCAGACCAAAGAGCAAGCUGAACCGUGCCCCCAAACAUUUAUACCUUGAGGUAACUUUAGUUUGCAGCAGGACUAAAAGAGCAGUGCUGCUGCAUUUGCAGCACUUGUUCUUACCUUGCAAAAAUCAUCCUUGUAUUCAUAAGGCUGUCCUUACCAUGAUCGACAUAUGUACCUGGAGAUCAUGACGUGUCCCGAUGGAUGGGGCAAUAUCCCAAGAGUAACGGUUGCUCUUGUCAGUUUGGCUUGGUUCAAAUCCUGUCUGAUCAUUGAUGGAGCGUGAAGCACCAGAUACAGAAGUAUUGAUUCUGUAUCUGACAGGUCAUGGAGUAUAAUGGAUGCUGGAAUGGAGUCCAGCAACCCUGUAAGGUUGACUAAUCCCCUUGGAUUAGUCGUGAUGGCACUCAGAUGACUAUCCAUCUGAAGAAUCAUCAAGUUAGAGUGGUUUAGUGUCACAAGUCCUGAGUCUUGCACAAGCAGAAGUCUUGUGUUAGUCUGUUGUCGUUGUCAUGAUCUAUCCUGGAAGUUCGCACUAGACCUACUGAUAGCCAAAUUAUGGAUCUAUUGUGAGCUUACGCAGGAUGAUCAGUUUACCCAAAGGGUGGUGGAGUCUUGGAGACAGUCCUGCCUGUGUAUCCCAACUGGUAAUUGGAGCUUCUCUGCGUUACUAAGCGACUGGUAGUAAGAUCAAAAGGCAUUCUUACCCGUUGUACAGUUGGUAAUGGUUCCAGAACUGUUAUUGUACAUUUACCAUGUUCUGGGAGUUCUAAUUUACUUCUACAUUGCUCUGAGCUUUGGCAGCUCCAAGAAGAGUCUUGUUGUAUUUAAAAUAAAACCGUCUGCUGAGAAUCCAGUGAUGUGGUGUGGCAUCACCGUGGAUUCGCAAACUUGGCGACGUUGGGUUGUGCAGUCAUGUAUAUUGAGUGAACUAGGGAUUCACUGAAAGUUCUAAAAAAUGUCUGUUGUGUUCUACAUUGUACCUGAGAACAGUAUGUUCUUUUUAUUUAUGAACAAGAUAAUUAUUCCAAA